AUGAGUACUGGCAGAGUUUGUGUUGGAGUUUUUUUUAGAUUGCUCCAGUUUGUGGGAGAUAUAGCAUGUUUUGCCACCAGUUUAAGGACAUAUCGCCCUUAUAAUUCAUUUAUAAUAACCGUCACAGUAUUGAAUUUUAUCUACAAUUGUUAUAUUUGGUUUGGGGUGCCAAUUUUAGCGGGCAAGAGAGCAUACAACGGAAUUUUGUUUGGAGGAGAUAUCAUGUUUUUCCUUUUGUACAUUGGGAGUUCUAUAUUCCAAUUGUUUACAGCUUACACUUACUAUUGGAAUGAAUAUGAUUCUGGUCUUUCUUUCAGUUUCGAAUGCUACUACGCAAGUUGGUGCAUUGGUGUUACUUGUGCGGCACUUUACUAUAUUACAUUUAUAAUGUACGUAUGUUGGGGUGUCAUUCCUGCUUCUAAACAUGGCUUUUGGAAACGGUCCUUCGAAAAACAGCCAUUCAAAUUUGGCUGCUUGGUAUUUGACAAUUCCCAAGUUUGUUAUGAAUCUAAAAGAGAUGACGAGAUUGAUUUGUGA